UGCUAAGGAAAGUACCGAGUCGAGAGCAGUGUUGCAGAGUGUCCAAGAUAAAGUGAAGUGAUAUUGCUUGGUGUCGAGUAUAGUCUGUCCUGAGACGCGAAGGAGGACGGAUAGUCGGAUUUCAUACGCUACCACGGCUGAAUCACGUUCAAGUUUUGGAUACGAUGAACAAGACUCAAUUAGACAUCGUCUUGGCGACGGAGCCGCCACGCUCGCCAUCUGGCACCUCUUCCCAUUCUCACAUCCCUUUGCCGAAGGUUUCGUCUACGGUGCGACUCCUGGACCGAUAUCCACCCGCACGAAAAGAAUCUCCGGAGAAGGUAGUGAACCGCAGAAGUCCAGCUCACACGACCUCUGUAGCUCUUCAGCGAGCCUCGUUCGAAAGGGGCGACACUUCACCGGUCCAAUCUAACAAUAAGUCUCGUUUGAACACUUCAAAUUCACCAAACGAGUUCAGAAAUGCCGAAGAGAAGACGAUGUGGAGAACGAACUCGACGGAGGGUAAGAGGGUCGAGACCGUAAGAAGUACCCUGGAACUUGGUGAUAAGAAACUAAACAGAAGUAACAGCUUCAUGGAGAGUAAAUGGAAGUCGAAGUACGAGGAUUCGGAAAAACGGAGAAAGAUGCUGCUGCAAAAGAGCGAAUCUAAUCUGAGGGAUCACGCUGAUUUGGAAAAAAAAUACAAUCACUUACAAAGGCAGAACAGUAGCUUGCAAGCACAAGUUGUAGACAAUGAAGAGAAACUAAACAAGCUGCGAACAGUAUCCGAAGCUGUUUGCAAGGAAUACGAACAACUGAAACGAAAAUAUGAUAUCGAGACCGGAGCGAUGCACCGAGCGAUGCAACAGGCUACUCAGUGGUACAAGCAAAACAGAGAGCUCAAAAGAAAGUCCCAGGUACUCGCGCAGAAGUUCCUCCAAGUCAACCCGGACGGUAUUGUCGACAUCGACAUCGAUAUCUCCGAUGAAGUUGAUUCAAAUUCCGAUGAUACGGAACAGCUGCGAGAAACCGUAAAAGAAUUGAGCCAGGAGGUUGCCAGACUGCAGACAGAGUUGAAUUCGGCGAAGCUUCAGGAAUUCGAAGCUCAGGAACAGGUUACCCUGCUCUCCUCACAACUCGAAGAGGAAAGAUCACUCCGUGAGGAAGGUGAGGUUAAGAUGAAGGAGUUCCAGAAGCAGAGGGAAAACAUGGAACGAGUGACCCGGAUGGUCGCUGACGAGGUUCAAGCCCUGAAAGAGCAGUGUGAAAAGGAAAGAGAAAACGCCAAGAAUAUGAAAAUCGAAGCUGACAGGGCGCAGAAGGAGCGCAAUGUUCUUGCACAUCAGAGCUCGCUACUCCUAGCAGAGGUUGCGACGGAUCCUGAUGGACGAUUAUUGGCCGUCCUCCUGGAGGUUGAGUCCCUGAAACGUUCGCUAGAAGAGGAGCAGCAGCGUCAUGUUGCACAGGUCCAGGCGCUUCAAGAGAAGCUUGAUGAGCGAGAAUCAAACGUAGAGUUCGAAAUAUUGGAAGAAAAACUUAAGCUGGCAGAUACUGAGUUGGAGAUUGCGGUACAGAGGUCAGAGUGUGCUGAGCGUUCGGUCGAGAGACUGGAACAAACGGUCAAGGAACUCGAGGAGAAGAUCAAGGACCUUGAGACCAAAGCAGCACAACCUCCUGCACCUCCGCUACCUCCACCUCCGCCUCCGCCGCCGAUGUUCGAAUCGGCUAACGCGUCGAUCAAACUGCUCACGCGAGAGAAAAACUCCACGAACAGUAAUAACUCGGCGUUAUCAGACAUGGAGAAUAUGCUUGGCAUCAAUAAGAGACCAGCUGCGGUCGCUCAGCAACCAGCCAUCGACGACGUAAUUAGCCAGAUAAAGGGCGGGAGAUUCACGUUAAAGCAAACCGACAAACAGCGUGAUGAAGAGCGAAGACGCAGGCAGGAAGCUGAAGCUGCUCCCCCUGCGGUCUCAGAAAUGCUGACCAUUUUGGGAACAAUGAGACGGAGAGCCAAGCCCACUCGACAAUCAUUUCAAUUUUCUGAGUCAACUGCGUAGCACAAAGAAGAGGAGCACUUUUCCGGUUAUUGCAUAAAAUUAUGUCUUUUGUGCGUAAGACUAGGCGCUCUCGUUUUUCGACUUAUGAUACGUUCCAAUGCUUGCCAAUGGGAAUCGCGCUAUGAGACUAAUUUACUUGAAGAUAUUUUUGGUUUUUGUAUCGAAACGUAUAAUUGUACUUGGGCCAUCGAUACUUGUUCCAAGUAUUAUAGGUAUUACAAACGUAUUACAUCAGGAGAAGAUUGGUCCCGAAUGUAGAAAAACUUAUUUGUUUACUACUGAGUUUUGUGAGUAUGUGCGAUAUAUUUGUUGUUGUUUCAAUUUAGUCGCGGUGAGCCUUUGGAGAGAACAUGACACUUUUUUAUGGACAAGAAUGAUCUGAUUAACGGACAGAAAAUUGUGUGCGUGUGACUCGCAAGUAUUGAAAAUAGGAUAUCGGAAUACAAGUCGAAGUGAUAAAAAAUUUUGAUAUAAGUGCAGAUUUUCACAUCCUGCAGCUACCUUCUUG